UAGGCGUUUUUUGACCAUUCUGCUGUAGGCUAGUCCACCACCACACCCAUUUCCCAACUCCACCAAACUCUUUCUCUCACACACGCACUUCUCUCUCCAGCACUCAGCUUUGACAGCCCGCUCUAUACAUCAGUCGCUCCGGGAAUGGGAUCAUCAUUAGUGAGUGCGAAGAAAAACUUCCAGUUCUUCCGAUUCUACGCUCUCCAAAGAUUACUCUUUAAACUGCGGGGAUAGCUUCGAGAUAAAGAGAAAGCGACUGUCAGAAAUAGAUAUUAUAGGCGUUUCAAGUCGAUGAAAGGAGAGGUAACUUUACGCACCGUGGAACGACAAAGAGAAGUGGGUCAAGCGACAGAUGGGGUGAAGUUUGGGGUUGAAAUUCUAUGAGAACAUUUACUACCAAAUUUAUGCUGUAGAAAUCAUUAUGAAUAAUUUGUUGAAAGAAAUUAACAUCACAAAAGGGGUAAAUCGGAUAAGAUACCAGGCGCGCCGUGCGUAAACGUAGGCCUAUGUGGUCGUGGAUGAAUGUGCUUGGAAAGUUUUAUGUAGGCUUACCAACUAUUCUCUGUGUCUCGAUUGCGGAUGACUUAUAAAAAGUAAGACUACGUAGACCUAAGUGAGUGUGUUAUAUUAGGAUAAGUUUAAAGCCAAAGCUAGAAAGAAAAAAACGGUCAUUGAUCGUAACCAGCCAUGGCAAAGUGGUUCAGUUUCCCCAUCAAUCUGAAGAACGGGACCGAACGCGUCCGCUCAGCCUCCGAAUCCGGCCCUCAAACACGACCCAGACACGGGCUAACCCCGGGGACCAGUCUGAAGGGGAACCGGGUCAAGGAAAGUGCUGGAGGGAUGGGCUCUAUACUGACCGGGAGAAACCGGAAAAACUCGGCCAUCGAACUGGGUCGGAACGGCUCGGGUACUGGCGGGAACUCGUUUAAGGACGGUAAGAUCUGGGACAGUCUCAUCCCUGGGAAGAGUAGGAAGAAUUCCAAGCUCGAGACGGGGGCAUCUGAGGAGCAUCGGCCCACCAGGACAUCCAGUUUGGCGCAUGCGUACAUCAGCAGGAUGAUCAAGGUGGACAAACAGGACAAGGGCCCCAAAAACAGCGGUACAAGUGAACAGGUGGGAUUCGAAAACGAGAGGGGGAAGGCGGACAUCAAAUCAGCGAUGCUGAUUAUUCUGGAGGACUAUGCUGACCCGUUUGACGCAGAGAAAACGAGGGAGCAGAGGGAGGCGGAGAGGGAGGGAGAGAACGAUGGAUACAUGGAGCCCUAUGACGCCCAGGUCAUCAUCACAGGUAUUCGUAGGCGGGGCUCCAAGGACCUGCUGAAGGUGUGUGUGCUGCUCCCCAAGGGAGAUGGAGAAGGGGGUAAGCCCACACCCCCCCACAUCUACGACACUCCCUAUGAGGGGCUGCUAGAGACGGAGGGGGAGGCAGGAGGGGUGUGGAUCCCUGUGACACGGCCGGAGUCAGACCCUCGCCCCCCUGGAGAGUAUGAACUACCCUGGGAGUGGAGGAAGGAGGACAUUGUCAGAGCACUGACAGUCCAGUUUAAGAAGGGAAUGAGCAGUUCGCCCCCUAAAGAGGAAGCUCCUCCACCCAGCAGACAGCAGACUCUCAGUCAUCAGCAGACCCUCAGACAGAAGACCUGGAACAAGAAAGUCCUCGUCCCCUCUCCCUCCUCCCCUACCUCCCCCAUUCUCAAACUCUCUCCUCCCUCGCCUCUCUCUCAUUCCUCUCCCCCCUCUCCCACCUCUCACUCUUCUCCCACUCCCAAACUUUCCCCAUCCUCCUCUCCUCCCUCCCCCACCUCCACACCCAAGGCGGAGACAGGCAAAGUGGACCCCACCCUGCCCAUGGAGAAACAGAGCUGGUACCAUGGCAGUGUGAGCCGCCAGCAGGCAGAGGCUCAGCUCCAGCGCUGUAGGGAUGCCAGCUUCCUGGUUAGAGACAGCGAAUCAGGGACCAGCAAAUACUCCAUCGCGCUCAAGACCAGUCAGUGUUGUGUCCAUAUCAUCGUGGCCCAGACUAAGGGCAGUAAGGGUCUGGGUUAUACCCUGGACCAGAGUAGCUGUGUGUUCAACAGUAUACCAGAGGUGGUGAACCACUACUGUACACACAGACUGCCCUUCACUGGAGCUGAACACAUGACCCUGCAACACCCUGUACCCAGGCCACACUGAACACACUGAACACACACUGAACACACACACACCACUGCAAAGGAGUAACGGGUCUCACCCAAACGGCCUGAGAGGUACAGUAUCAUCUUGAGUUUCUCCCAUGCACAGCCUAGUGGCCAAACCCUCACACUGCAUAGCACAAACACACACACACACACACACACACACACACACACACACACACACACACAGACAGACACACACACACCGCAGUGACUGUAUUUAUAGUACAGAUGAAAACAAUCCCUCUUUUCACAGUACUUCUGUCUCAUUGUUCAGAACUACUCACAUAAAAACAGAAUUAAACACCAUGCACAACUGGGUCAUAUUCAACUCACCCACUGAUAUGACCAAAUAACUAGAGAUGGAGAUAUCAUAUGUAUUGUUAUGAAUGUGGAUCAGAACACCAAAGAUUUGAUUUCAUCAUUUGGCACAUGGCAACCAAUGGCAUUAUGUGAUCACAGUUAUAUAUAUAUAUUGUUUUUUAUGGUCUGUGACUUCUUCCUGCUUCAUUCUGAAUGAAACACAUUUUUUCCUCUUUCUUCCUUAGGUAAUCACUGAUCUGAGAUGACUGGAUUGAUGACAGCUAUGCAGCAGCAUCAAUUAGCUCUCACCGAUCCAGUCGUGUUAGAUUAGUGAUUCAUUUAAGGGAGGGUUAAAGGGGGAAGGGUGCAUGUUAGCAGUAUUAGGAGUUCCCUUCCAGUGAGAUAUAUAGUAGGCUACUACUGGGUAUUGACAUGUCCUAUCAACUAUCAGCUAUAGCCCAUAUCAAUACAGUUGAUUGGAGUGCAUUCAUUCAUUCAGCAGAUAGAUCAAUCUAUCGUCUAUCUAUUACCAAUCAAUCAAUCCUGAAGAUCGGGCUCAUUACAGGUGCUAUCUGUCUGUCAACAGAAAGCAGCUUUAUUGAUUGGACAGGGUUCAGGUGUGGGGGAGGAGCUUUCAGGCAGGAAUAAUGUUCUGCACUAUGUAUUAUGUAAUGUGGAAGAGUAGCUGAUGCUUUUGCAGCGGCUAAUGGGAAGCCUAAUAAAUACCAAAUACCAAAUGUUCAGCUAGUUAGCCUGAGUACCUGUGUGUGUGUUCAUGUGUGUGUCACGUGCACUGGGUAGUAUUAGGCCUCAUUGAUUUGAUAGCUGCCUGUAUUAUCAUCAGACACAUACAGUAUGGGCCUGUCAGACAGCAGUAUGAUUUGUUUUUGAUGUGAAUAUAUUUGGACAUGUGAUGGUUUCUGUAAUAACCCAGGCUUGUUACUGUAAUAUCCCAAGCUUGUUACUGUAAUAUCCAAGGCUUGUUAUUGUAAUAACCCAGGCUUGUUACUGUAAUAACUCAGGCUUGUUACUGUAAUAACCCAGGCUGGUUACUAUAAUAACCCAGGCUUGUUAAUGUGAUAACCCAGGGUUGUUACCGGAAUAACCCAGGCUUGUUACUGUAAUAACCCAGGCUUGUUGUACAAUGUGUGAAAUACUGUAAUGUUGACUGGAAUAAAGUGAAUGUGCAUUUA